AUGAAAGGCUGGGGUUGGCUGGCCCUGCUUCUGGGGGCCCUGUUGGGAACUGCCUGGGCCCGGAGGAGCCAGGAUCUACACUGUGGAGCUUGCAGGGCUCUGGUGGAUGAACUUGAGUGGGAAAUUUCCCAGGUGGAUCCCAAGAAGACCAUUCAGAUGGGCUCUUUCCGAAUCAAUCCAGAUGGCAGCCAGUCAGUGGUGGAGGUGCCUUAUGCUCGCUCAGAGGCCCACCUCACAGAGCUGCUAGAGGAGGUAUGCGACCGGAUGAAGGAGUAUGGGGAACAGAUCGACCCUUCCACGCACCGCAAGAACUAUGUACGUGUCGUGGGCCGGAAUGGAGAAUCCAGUGAACUGGACCUACAGGGCAUUCGAAUUGAUUCAGACAUCAGUGGCACCCUCAAGUUCGCGUGUGAGAGCAUCGUGGAGGAGUACGAGGAUGAACUCAUUGAAUUCUUUUCCCGAGAGGCUGACAAUGUUAAAGACAAACUUUGUAGUAAGCGGACAGAUCUAUGUGACCAUGCCCUGCACAUAUCCCAUGAUGAGCUAUGA